AUGGAGAAGCCACACGCAGACCAUGUAUCCCAUACCGAGAAGCCCGACGGGCUUUCUGGGGUUGAUGCAUUCCCACUGGAGGCUCGUGCAGAAGCUGGAGUGCUUCUGGACGUGGCGGGUCCUGAUGGAACCUCUCUUCGGCUUGCCAAAGAUGGGCAUACUGUACUGCUGCCUCAGCCAACGGACGAUAUGGACGAUCCGUUGAAUUGGUCCUCCCGGAAGAAGCACCUUAUCCUUUUCACGGUGGCCUGGGCUGCCCUCACUGCCGACUUUGCAUCUGCAUCUGGCAGCGCUCCUAUCAUCUUGCAGGCGGUUGAGUGGCACAAAUCUGUUGGCACCAUCAACCAAACCAACAGCAUCAGCGUCUUGAUGAUGGCAGUGGGAGGCGUAAUCUGGGUUCCCAUGACUUCCUUCAUUGGACGAGCUCCCACCUUGUUCUGGUCCACAUUCUUCGGCCUAGUCUUCUCGAUCGUCACCGCAGUGUCUCCCAACUUUCCCUGCUUCUACGCCAUGCGAGCUAUGUCGGGGCUGUUCCUUACAUCUGGUCAAACAAUCGCCGUUGCAUUCAUCAAAGACAUUUUCUUCUUCCAUGAGCGAGCCCGAAAAAUUGGCCUCUGGGCACUCAUGUACAUUACGUCUCCGUACUUGGGCCCGCUACUUAGCAACUUUGUUGUGGGCGGCACGCACAAGUGGCAGGACGUGUUCUGGCUUGGUGUGGGAGUCGUCGGGAUUGACCUGAUCCUCAUUAUCGCCUUCCUUGAUGAGACUUGGUAUAAUCGUGAUAUACCUACCUCGAAGCAGCCAUCUCGUGGCCAGGGCUUUGGUUCCAGGAUGCUCCGACUCACUGGUGUCUGGCAAUUGCGACAUCAUUCUACAUACUACGAGACUGCCUACGAUUCCUUCAAGAGAUUCUUCUUGACUUUGUUUAAGCCCGUCCUCUUGCUCGUCCUGUUUGCCUACCUGCUCUGCUUCGCUUGGGCAAUCGGUAUCAAUAUCACGACUGCCAUCCUCUUCGCAAUUCCAAGAGAGGCGGGUGGUUAUGGGUACUCCUACUACGGACUUGGAUACCUUUACUUUUCCCCGAUUGUUGGCGUGCUCUUUGGCGAAGUCUUUGGUCACUAUUUCAACGAUUACGUUGCUAGACGCUACGUCCGAAAGCACAAGGGCGUGUUUGAACCCGAAGCUCGGCUGGUCACCAUAUACAUAUCCGCCUUGUUCAUGAUAGCUGGCCUGGUCCUGCUCGGACAAGCCUUGCACCACCACCUCUCUGUGGCUGCGGUCAGUAUAGGAUGGGGAAUGCACAGCUUUGGCAUCAUGACCACCUCGGUUGCCGUGACGGCAUAUGUCUUGGAUUCAUAUCCUUCUGCUCCUGCAGAGGUCUCCGGCUGGACCAACAUUGCUCGAGCCAUGAGUGGUUUUAGUGUCGGCUACUUUCAGGAGCCUUGGGGAUCCAAGGUUGGGUACGACGCAAGUUUCGGAACCCAGGCGGCGAUUGUUGGUGCGAGCAUGAUCUUGAUUGCUAUUGUGCAUCGCUAUGGUCAUUUCCUCCGCCUCAAGUCUAGUCAGUUGAGGUAA